ACCAAAUUAAAAAAAUAAAAGCAAUUAUCCAAUAACAAAACAGAAUAAAAUUAACAGCAAAAACCAGAAUCUGAAUAUUCGCGGACGGCUCUGUUCGUUGGCGCUAAACCACCAUGGCCGUCACUAAAGCCAUCAGCACCACCAGCUUGAGCAAUGGCAACGGCGGCGGCGGCGGUAAAAAUAACAUCACUCACUAUUACCAAUGGCGGAGGCCCAUUUCUCUCCCAAUCCCAAAACCCAACUCCCAAAACUUCACAAUCGCCUCCCGAAACCGUUCGUUGUUAAUUCCCAGGGCCGCCGGACCUUCCUCCGAACCCACCAACAAUGGCGGCGGAAAAAAAACCAAAACCAAGAACAAAACUGUUGAUCCUGCUUCUACUGAGGAGAAAAGUGAUUCCCCAAUUAAUCAAAUCCAAGAACAGCAGGAGCAGAAGCAGAAGCAGAAGCAGCUGGGAUUGGAUUUGGAGGACGUGAACCCGGUCGGGCUCGGUCGGAGGUCGCGCCAGCUGUUCGAUGAAGUGUGGCGCAAGUUUUCUGGCCUCGGGCAGAUCUCAAGAACCAGUCUUCCCGACGAAAGAGACGCGCUUGACGCUCUGCUCAUCAGGGAAGGACCCAUGUGCGAGUUCGUCAUCCCCGGCGCCCAGAACACCACCGUCUUGGUCGUCGGCGCCACCUCGAGUAUCGGCCGGAUAGUGGUCCGCAAGCUCAUGCUCCGAGGGUACACUGUUAAGGCGCUGGUGAGGAAUGCUGAUCAGGAAGUGGUGGAGAUGUUGCCGAGAUCGGUAGAGAUUGUGACCGGGGAUGUGGGUGAUCCUGCUACCCUAUACGCGGCGGUACAGGGCUGUAACAAGAUUAUCUAUUGUGCUACUGCACGUUCUACUAUCAGUGGAGACCUCUACAGAGUUGAUCAAAGAGGGGUCUACAACCUCACCAAAGCAUUCCAGGACUAUAACAACAAAAUGGCACAGUUACGAGCAGGAAAGAGUAGCAAGAGCAAACUUACUAUUGUAAAGUUCAAGACUACAGAGUCGGUGGAUGGAUGGGAAGUUCGUCAGGGGACUUACUUUCAGGAUGUGGUUGCGUCUAAGUAUGAUGGAGGAAUGGACGCCAAGUUCGAAUUCACUUUCACCGGAGAUGCUGUUUUCUCCGGAUAUGUUUUCACCAGAGGAGGGUAUGUUGAACUGUCAAAAAAGCUUUCGCUUCCUUUGGGUCGAACCCUUGACAGGUAUGAAGGUCUAGUUCUUUCUGUUGGUGGGAAUGGAAGAUCUUACAUAUUAAUUCUUGAAGCUGGUCCUUCGGCGGAUACAUCUCAAAGUAAAUUAUACUUUUCUAGAUUCAACACAAAAGCAGGAUUUUGUAGGGUCAGAGUACCGUUUUCAUCAUUCCGCCCUGUGAAACCAGAUGAUCCACCACUAGACCCAUUCCUUGUACAUACAUUAACCAUACGUUUUGAGCCCAGAAGACAGAAAGCUGUUGAAGGACGUACGGGAGUGCAGCAGCAAGACCCAAGAAGUUUUAUGCUUAUACUAGAAUACAUAAAAGCUUUGCCAACUGGGCAAGAAACGGACUUCGUUUUAGUUUCUUGUACCGGAUCAGGAAUAGAACCUAAUAGAAGGGAGCAGGUUCUUAAAGCAAAGAGGGCUGGGGAAGAGUCAUUGCGAAAAUCAGGGCUUGGAUACACAAUCAUUCGUCCUGGUCCCCUGAAGGAAGAACCAGGUGGACAACGUGCUCUCAUAUUCGAUCAAGGAAACAGGAUUUCUCAGGGGAUCAGCUGUGCCGAUGUAGCUGAUAUCUGCGUGAAGGCAUUGCAUGAUUCGACUGCAAGGAACAAAAGCUUUGAUGUAUGUUAUGAAUACGUUGCCGAUCAAGGAAAGGAACUUUAUGAGCUGGUGGCGCAUUUGCCUGACAAAGCCAAUAACUAUCUGACACCGGCACUGUCCGCUCUAGAGAAGAAUACCUGAUCGUGCGGAGCACGGAUGAUCUAAUGUUCCUAAGAUAAGAGUACAUUUGUAAAGCUGCAUACAUGCCAACAUUUUCGUGCUGUAAAUUCAUGUGUAGAUGCCCAGAUGGGUUUGCAUUGUUCGUUGUCAUGAAUCGGGUCGAACGUGUAUAUAACAAGCACUACAAUUACAUGCUUAAUUACAAAGCUCAGUUUCUGAUUAACACA